AUGGACUCGGGUAUGAACAAUGGGCAAACAUCUGGUGUGAAAAGAAAUAAGAAUAUUGUCUUUUGUUUCGAUGGUACUAAUGAAAAUUUUGGUAUCCAACCAUUUACUAAUGUGUUGAAGAUAUUUCAAAUGUUAGAUACCAGUGAUGAUAGUGUUCAAUUAUGUCACUAUCAACCUGGGAUCGGUACCUCGGCUGAUUUUGAUUAUGUCGUUGAUAUUAGACGUCGUUUUACUAUUUCAUAUUUAAGGAAUACUUUGGAUUCUAUGUUUGCAUUUGGAUUAGAUAAAAAUAUUAAAUCCGCUUAUCUUUUUUUGGUAAAGUAUUAUGAACCAGGAGAUAAGAUAUACAUGUUUGGAUUUUCAAGAGGUGCUUUUAUUGCAAGAGUCCUCGCUGGUAUCUUGGAGCGUGUGGGUUUAUUGAAUAGAGGUUUGGAAAAUUUAGUUGAAAUGGCUUGGAAAAUAUAUGAAUGUUGGGAAUAUGCUGAACAACCAAGUGGUCCAAAUUAUACUACUACUCUGGUGGAAGAAUUUAGAAAAGCAUUUUGCAGAAAUUACGUGGUAAGAGUUCAUUUCCAAGGUUUAUUUGAUUCUGUUAAUUCUGUAGGUAUAAUUCGUGAUAGAUUAUUCCCUUGCACUCAACGUAGUAAUAUUGUUGAUCAUGUUAGACAUGCCGUUUCCAUAGAUGAAAGAAGAGGUAAAUUUAAGCAACAAUGCUUUGCACCAAACCCUUGCUCUACAAAGUUUCCUUAUAGUGAAUACAAUAACAACGUUCUGGAUCUUGAUGACAGUGAAAACUCGAGUCCUAAUGAGAGUGAACAUGAUGAACCUCAUUUAAGGUUACUUACGAUUAACGAUAUAUCUCCUAAUUCCAGUUUGGGUUGUUGUAACAAAGAUGCCAAAGUAAAAGAACUAGAUGUAGGCAUGGAGGAACCGUUACGCAGUAACUCUGAUUUAUUAACGAGAGUAACAAAAUUCAUUGAAGCUCAUAAUAGAAAAACUGUAAAAGGGAUGUAUUUUGCAAAGGUGUCAAACACCAAUUCUCAAAAAUGUAAUCCUAAUGAUUACAAUUCAAUUGGAGACAGUUCAGAGACAAGUGCGACGGUCACUUCGGAUUUGAUUGAAAAGUGGUUUCCAGGCAACCAUUCAGAUACAGGCGGUGGUUGGGGAAAUGAUUGUUCAACCAGAGAUUCAAUUGGUAAUUUGUCGCUCAGGUGGAUAUUAUCGGAAGCUGUGAUCCAUGGUGUAAAAUUUAAACCUAGAGCAAUUCAUGAUUUUGCAGAAAGAAGUUCAUCAGUAGGUUCAUUAUUUGCAGCAAUUCAUGAUUCUCUUAAAUUUUAUGAAGAUAAAGCGAUUACUAGUAAUUACAAUGGAGAUAUCAGUCUGAUUGCCUAUAAUACUUCGACACCAAUAGCAGCAUCGAUACAAGAGAAAAUAAAGAAUGACCAAGAAAAAAAGAGUAGUCUUUCACUUACUGCUCAAGAAAUGUUAAAAAAUUUUUAUUCAAUUCAGUGUGGUCAUAUUAAUAAACUUGUUGUUCUUCUGUGGUGGGUAUUAGAGUUGAUACCAAUUGGAAUUAGAGCUGAGAAUAAGGAUGGAAAAUGGCGUAAUGAAUAUGUGCCAAACCUUGGAAGAAAUAGAUAUAUUCCGAAUUAUGGAGAUUUACAUUGGUCGGUAUUUUGGAGAAUAAGGUUUUGUAAUUACAGGCCUGCCAAUAUCCCACCGUAUGCAAAACUUUUAGUAAGAGAAUUUGAAGGCAUUGACAUGAAAGACUCUUUCCAGAAACAAAGUUUUAUGCAAUCAUCUAAUAUUAAAUCCUUUCCUGGAGGUGACCACAUAUGUGAUGAAGAGGCACAAUUAUGUUUGGUUGAAGCAGAGGGGUCUGUUAAUAAUCGAAAUGGAUUGCCAUCGAAAAUGUCUUUAACCGGUCUAGCAUAUAAUAUGUUCAGAAAAACCAAAAAAAAAAUGGCGAAAUGGACUGAAGAAAACUGGCAAACUGUCCCUGAUGAGUUGAAAGAUAUAUUGGAAAUGUAUCCAGAUAUUUGA